ACGGGGCCAGACCGUGCCCCGGGGGCUGCCCCCCAACACCCUCUCCCUCUACGUCUUUGAGAACGGCAUCACAAUGCUCAGUGAGGACAGCUUUGUGGGGCUACCCGCCCUCCAGCUCCUGGACCUCUCGCAAAAUAAGAUCACCAACAUCCAGAAAAAUAUUUUCCAGCCCCUGACGGAGCUCGUCAACUUGGACCUGUCCUCCAACCAGCUGCAGGAGAUCACCAACGAGCCCUUCCACGGGCUGCGGCUGCUGGAGCGGCUCUACCUGCAGAGGAACAGGAUCCAGCACAUCCAUGCUGCUGCUUUCGACACGCUGGAGAACCUGCUGGAGCUGAAGCUGCAGAACAACCAACUCUGGGCCGUGCCCCCCCUUGACCUGCCCAACCUCCUGCUGCUGGACAUCAGCUGGAACAAGAUCCCCACCAUUGCACCGGGGGCCUUCCACGCUGUCAACAUCGAGUCCCUGAAGAUUGCGGGGCUGGGCCUGACGAGCUUAAACGAGGAGCUGUUCCAG